CCCGAGAUGGAGGAAGCAGGAAGAAGCGAGCAUGGACCAGCGAGGAGACAGCGAAAGCUGACCCGAGAGGCGAAGCCUUACUCCAAGAGCGUCAGCCAUGGUGCCGACAAGAAGCUGGCGGGUAUCAUAGAGACCAAGUUAAGAUGCUUGUUAGACGAGAAGGCAAGAGUGUCGAAGCUUCCCGUUGGUAACUACUCCAGACACAGGCUGGCGGUCAUCAACAAAGCGAUCAGCCUGAUAGAAACUGGUGACGCGUACAUGAAGGAUAAGGAUAAAGAACUUGAGGAGUUGCUGAGAGAGCUCGCCAUCUAGCGGCCUGGAGCGAAGAGAUGAUACAUGGUGUACAUAUUCACUGAUAAUCAGUUGAUCCAUCACUGAUGCGAAGACGGAACGUCGGGAUAACCCGGGGCAUGCCUCCAGGAGCUGAGCUUCUCACGUGCAGCGGUGCCUUGAUAGGAAGCGUGUGGUGUGUCAUGAGAUCUCGCAGCGAGCCCGUCAUCUCCGUGUUGCUUUCAGACAGCUCGUUGCUAUCCAGCCCUCCUGAGGUGCGCGACGAGCACUCCGAGCUCGGAGUCGGAGCUCGCAUUUCGAGAUGCCGCCGAGUUGACGCUGAGUUUGUCUCGUUGCGACUCAGGUGAGACCUGCGAGAAAUCAGACGAGAGAGUAAAGAAGAUGGAAACC